AAACUUCCCGGAAAAAUACAGUCGAGCGCUGCAAUCGAAUUUUCUGUGAACUUGACAAGUAACUCAGGUGGAAGGCGAGAAAAAGACAAAAAGGUGUUUUUCUCCCAUAAAUCCCUAGUAAUUUACAGUGGUGAAAAAUGGCAGCGAGACGUGUUACACAAUCAAGUGUGAACUGGGCAUCCCUGGCUGAGCGAGUUCCAGCUGCCCAGCGUCCCAAUUUCAUCGCCUUCAAGUCCAAGAGUGAUAAGUACUUGAGGAGUGUUCAGGCCAAUCCCGAACAGGCCCCAAAGAUUGACUGGGCUCGCUACAAGCAAGCCAUUCCGGUGGCUGGACUUGUGGAUACGUUCCAGAAGCAGUACGAAGCCCUCAAGGUGCCCUAUCCCGAGGACACAUUCUCAGCUGAAGUGGACAAACAGGAGCAGGAUGUCAAGCGGGAGAUUCAGGAGUUCAAGAGGGCAUCAGAUGAGAGGAUUGCUGAAUAUCAGAAGGAGAUUGCUCAUCUUAAGUCUCUGUUGCCAUUCGAUCAGAUGACCAUGGAGGACUUCCGCGAUGCCUAUCCCGAAUUGGCCAUUGAUCCACUCAACAAGCCCACGUUCUGGCCACACAAUCCCGAGGAGCAGCUUGGAUACAAGGCUAAGGAUGCUCCAGCUUCUUCUGGAGGUCACUAAGCAACAGCAGGCUCUGUCCGGGAUGUGAUUAGCUUGAACCGGCUGCGUUUGUUCAAAUUGUAAAGAUUUUCAAUCAGCCGCGGUGUGUCUAUUAAAUUCUAUAGUGAAAAAAA